AUGUUUGACUCACUGACACUCACACCAAUGACCAUCGCCUUUAUGUCAUAUCAAACCCAGUGUCUGCCUAGAUUACUUUUCACUUUUCAUCCUUUCCCCAACAAAUUUCGACAAAUUUGCAUCACAAAAAUCGCCAAAAUGACAAGCGAACGACGCGACUCCAUUAGCGAGGACUGGGAAGAGCUCGACACUGUCGGCUCUGUCAUGUCUUUCGAUGGAUCGUCCAGACCAACAUCACCAGCCCCGCUUGAGGAACAGACCCCUGUAACCGUGCCACCAACUGUCCAGGAGUGUUUGAGUCCCUACCUAUCGCUAGUGCUACGACCGAAAGACGACAAGGCUGUUAACUUACCACCUGUCCAGGGGCAUUCAAACACCGAUACGAAAUCGGGGCUACAACCAAAAGACGACAACGCUGUUAACCCAGAACUGCCCUCGACAACUACUGUAACAUCUAGCGAAUCCAGCUCCUUCCAACCCCCCCGAAACGAUGAUAUAUCACCGGCGCCCCAGAAUCUUGUUAUGAAGAUGAGGGAACCAGGAGACUUGCCAUUGUACUGGAAUGGCAAGGAAUGGAGAUGGGGUGAUGAAGAUCCAGACGUGGAGACGGGUGACAACCAAGAUCAAAGCAACGGAGUUCUCGACCUUAAUGAUAACCCAAGGGUAUAUCAUGAGGCUUGUACCGAUGUUAUGACCGCCCUUGCAGAUGUCACAAAUCUCGCCCAUGAGAUCGGUGGUCACCGAAUUUCCACAACUAGCAUGAUCCGUCAAACAUGCGAACAACUGUUGAUACAGACGAAGGAGCUGAAGACAAUGCUCAAGGUAUACAGAAACCGCUGGAUGGCCCAGGAGUCUAUGGUCGAUAUCCCACUCAGCCCCGAUGUCUUGGAGCUACUAACUCAGCUUCGAAGCCAGCUUUGGACAACAGCAACGGAGUUGAAAGGAGUUAAGCCUGAGAAGGGCGUUGUAUUGCAAGCUCAGGAUAUAGCUAUUGAUGCCAAUUUGAGACUUGCGGGUUGUGGAGAAGGCUUGGGUCAAUUCAGUAACUCUUUUGCUGAUUUUCUGCCCAUCAUGAGAGCGGAUUUCGACACGUUUACAACGAAGAAUAUAGCCUUUCAACCUGCCUCCACUGGCUCAGUACUGAGACCGCGCCGUCGUAUACCCCCAAGUCCGACCGUCAGCCGCGUCCGCAAAGAGCUCUACGCUCUGAAAGACUGCCUCGCCUCGAUGAGUUGCUUUCUUAAAGAGGUCGACACCGACCCUUGUUUCGACUGGAUUAUAGAUCCCGCAGUCACCGACUCAGCAGACUUGGUUGUCGACGUCAUCACAAAGACACUGACGAAUAAUCCUUCCGAGUGGAUAGACUCUCACACGGCUGUUCAGGGGGGAUUGACGUACCAACAGUUUGUAGAGCUGGAUAGCGAGAUUCUUCACGACAUCUAUUUGCAUCUCAAGUCGCAUAAGGACGACCUUGACAUGGUACCUGAUGAGGAUGAGGAUGGGGCCUUGUUUUCAUGGGCGAGGGUACGGGAUUAUCAGUGUAAGCAGCUGGGACAUGGUGGAAUGCUUGAAGCUAUCAAUAGCCUUAUUGAGUUUGUGAGGCAACUGCUAUUGAUUCCUGAAUAG